AUGGUCGCUAAAAGACAGAAAUCAACUGUAUUUCUGCAGCAAGAUGACAAGUCGGAUAAGGACAUCCAACAAGAGAAGCCUGAUGUCACACCCAGAAGAUCGGGGCGUAAUAUCAAGAAAACGAUACAAAAUCCGGACGUCACGGGGGCCAUUGGUGGCCUUCGUGAAAUGGAGGAUACUUUUCGGGACGAUACCAAGCGGCAGAAGACAGCAAUUGAUGCAAGCUCAAUCUCGAGUGAUUCUAACGGACGGAACGCAGAUUUAACUUUCUUUCCGAAACCCGAAAAUUGUAAGCCGGAUUCAAUUCCAGCGAAACUUGAAAGGGAUAGCUUAAGAGACGACGACGACAAGAAAAAGAAGAGUGUAGCAAAGAAGAAGGAGAAGAAUGGUGAGAAGACUAGUGUCGAUGAGGAAUUCGAAGCCUACGAGGACGGAGAACCAGGCGACAGGGAGGAGGGUGGUAACGGAUCCCUAGGGGAGGCUGAUGCCAACGCCUUCAAGCAAGAAGGAUCCCGACCACCCCCUGUUAAUAGUGACUAUCUACCAUUACCAUGGAAAGGUAGAUUAGGCUAUGCUUGCCUCAAUACGUAUUUACGACUUUCAAGCCCACCGGUAUUCAGUUCGAGAACAUGCCGAAUAGCUUCCAUUAUAGAGCAUCGUCACCCCCUUCAAGAUCCGUCCCAGCCUGAACAUGCUACAAAGAAUCGCCCAGACAAGAAUAAGCCGGCUGAUGUAGCCAGAGGCCAGAGAUAUGUUGAAGCACUUGGUCUCGCCAAUGCACGUGAUAUUGUAAAGAUGAUAUGCUGGAAUGACAAGUAUGGUAUCAAAUUCAUGCGCUUAAGUUCGGAAAUGUUCCCUUUUGCCAGCCAUGAAGAAUAUGGCUAUAAGCUAGCGCCGUUCGCUUCGAAAGUACUUGCUGAAGCAGGAAGAGUCGCAGCUGAGCUAGGACAUCGGCUCACCACCCAUCCUGGACAGUUCACACAACUCGGUUCUCCACGGCCUGAGGUUGUUAGAAAUUCGGUUCGCGAUCUUGAAUAUCACAAUGAGCUGCUAACACUUCUACGCUUGCCCAAGCAACUCGAUAAAGAUGCCGUCAUGAUUAUACACAUGGGCGGCGUAUUUGGUGAUAAGGAGGCUACUCUCGAUCGGUUUAGGAAAAACUAUGCCAAACUCUCACAAAGUGUCAAGGCAAGGUUGGUAUUAGAAAACGACGACGUGUCAUGGACGGUACACGACCUACUUCCCAUAUGUGAGGAAUUAAACAUCCCGCUCGUUUUGGACUUUCAUCAUCACAAUAUCAUGUUUGACAAAGGCAAAAUCCGCGAGGGGACCAAGGAUAUUAUAGAACUCUACCCAAGGAUCAGAGCAACCUGGGAUAGAAAAGGUAUCACGCAAAAGAUGCACUAUAGCGAACCUUGUUCGGAAGCCAUCACUCCACGUCAGCGACGAAAGCAUCGCCCUCGUGUUAUGACCCUUCCGCCGUGUCCGAAUGACACGGAUCUCAUGAUUGAGGCGAAAGACAAGGAACAGGCAGUAUUUGAUCUAAUGAGAAACUUCAAACUACCUGGAUGGGACCGUUUUAACAACGUUAUCCCGUAUGAGCGCGAAGAUGAAAAUAGACCGAUACCUAAACCUCCCAAGAAGAAGAAGCGCAAGACCAAGAAAGAUGCAGACGCAGAUAUCGAGGCUGGAGAGGACGCGGAGGAGGAGCAGAAACCACCGCCCGAGAUACCGGAGUCGGAACUUGGGAUGGGCGGCCCUAAUAACCGAGUAUACUGGCCUCUUGGUAUGGAGGAAUGGCUCCGGCCUAAGAAAAGGGAGGUUAAGAAAAAGAGAGCUAAUGACGAAAUGGAUGGUGAUGAUUAG